AUGUUUUAUGCUUCAGCUACUAACAUCCCUUCAGCAGUGAGUGGGUUAUGUGUUUCCAUCCUGCAUAUACCACCAGCAUCACCACCACGUCCUUCUCUAGCUUCCCCCUCCCCUUUCUACACAAAUGUUGCAACACAAUCUGAAAUUUCCUCCUUUCUUUCCUUCCUGCAUUUCAUACAGGUUCCCUUGCGUCAGAAGACAAAAAAGAAAAGUCAAGGGUUCUUUAUAAUGAGCCGACGGAGGAUAUCAUGUAAAGAGCUGGGACAAGCUGAUUGCCAAGGAUGGCUGUAUAAAAAGAAGGAAAAAGGAGCUUUCAUUGGCAACAAAUGGAAAAAGUUCUGGUGUGUGCUCAAGGAGUCAUCUCUGUAUUGGUACAGCAGUCAGCUGGCUGAAAAAGCAGAAGGAUUCAUCAGACUUCCAGACUUCAGUGUGGACCGAGCAAUUGAAUGCAAAAAAAAGCAUGCUAUUAAAAUCAGCCACCCACAGAUCAAGACAUUUUAUUUUGCGGCAGAAAAUGUUCUGGAAAUGAACACAUGGCUAAGUAAGCUGGGGAUGGCUGUAGACCCUCAAGCAUCCAACGGAAAGCAUGAGGAAGAAUGCUACAGUGAAAGUGAACAUGAUGAUCCAGAAAUAACAGACACACCACCACCUCCCUACACAGUCGAGCUACCACCUCCUCCUUCAGAGGAUCAGCAGAAGUCUUCUUUCACCUCGACUCUGUCAAGUGAAGCAUCUUGCUCCCUCUCCUCCCCAGAAAGCACUUUCAAUUCCCAAGAAUCAUCUUCUUCCUUGUCCAGUGUAGUUCAUUCCAAGAGGCAGUCCUGGCUUGACCUAGUUAACAGCUCUGCCACAGAAGAGGGUGAUCAGCCUUUAACUUUCUGCGUAAAGAUUCACUCUGAUGAGCUACAAGAAGCAGACUGUGGAGAAGCAGCAGAAAGCCAGGAGGUCCAGCUUUCUAGACCCACUGGUGGAUCGCCAACCUCUUUUGUAGAUCCGGAUGCACGUUGUCUAGCUGUGUCAGAUGCAACAGAACAGAGACCACCAGCCAAAGAUCAGGAAAAAUGUGAUGAUGAUGAGAUGGAGCGACUUUACAAGUCAUUAGAACAAGCAAGCCUGUCUCCCAUUGGCGACCGCCGGCUGUCAACAAAGAAGGAGCUUAGGAAAUCAUUUAUCAAACGCAGCAAAAACCCCUCCAUUAAUGAGAAACUGCACAAAAUCCGAAUGCUGAACAGCACAUUAAAGUGUAAAGAACACGACCUGGCCACAAUUAACCAGUUGCUAGAAGACCCAAAGUUGACGGCAAUAAAAUACAGAGAGUGGAGAAACACAAACAUCAUGCUGGUCCAAGAUAUUUAUCAGCAUCAGGAGGUCCAGGAUGCAUCCACAGAAAACAGUGAGGAGCAAGAGAUGACUCCACAGCCUAUCACUGAAAGUGCUAUCUGAGGCCACAGUUCAUUUCCCCCCACUGUUCUACUUGUACAGGCACUUUAAAAUGCUGCAUUUUGAGGUUUGUUCAUUUCUAAGCAUUCUUCAAAAGGAAAACAACGUCUUCUCCAAAGCUUUAAUUCCUCUUGCAAAACUCUUGUCAAAAGGGCAAAUAGCCCAAAUUGAAAACAAACAAACAAACAUGCCUGAACCUGGGUUACAUACCUAAGAAGUCUAUUUUAUGAAGCAGUGAAGAAAUGUUUUUCUAUCUUUGGAGAAGUAACUUACAUAUGUUCAACUUUUGGAAGUCACAGAACUCUAUGGUAUGUACUGUAUAAAUGUGAGAUCCUCGGGGUUAAUCACAUAACUUACUGUUAAAGGAAGCUAAACCAGUGCAGACAGAAUGUAGUCUACUCUCUGCCUUUUUACCCUGUAAGAUAACCUUUAUGUAUGCAUUUUCAUCUUUACAUUUGUUCAAUUUCACCACUCUACCAGUUUAAAUGGAGUCAAAUACAAUAGUGAAUAUGCAUGGUUUAUACUACAGAUUGCUGUCAGGCACCUGCUUUGUGCUCUGCCUGAUUUUUUUGAGUUUCAAAUUUAUUUAUGGACCAGAUUGAGGUAUUGUGAUUUUACAUGAAGAAGAGAAGUUCUCUCAGUGUUUGUUUGCUAAUAUGUCAUUUACUCUCCAGUGGGGCAGCUGAUGCUUCCACUGGUUUCAACUUUUCUUAUGAACUUGGCAGCAUUUCUUGGAAGAUCAUUUUCUUUGUUAUUUUUGGCAGUUGUGAAUAUACAAGGUACAAGCUCAUGUCAGAUUCCUAUGUAGGAAAGUGAUCACAUUCACAAGACAAAAGCUAAAUAAUUAAAUUCCUCAUAUGGACUUGAAAGUGUAAAAAUAGCUGCAAAUAUUUUUGUAAAUAUACGUCAUUUUAUGGUUUAUAUGAAUGUGACUCUGUACUGUAUAUAUAUGUUUUAUUUAUAUAUUUAUAUAUGCUGAAUUUCCUAAUAUAGAAAGGCACACAUGGACCAGACCCACCCAGAGGAGAGUGCUUACAGGUUGACUUGAAAUGCCUCUUUGUGUUCCAUUAUGAAUCACAGAAAUGGCUCUACAACUGAAACUACCCUGAGACAUCAACUGUUACUUUUACUUCUGCCUUUCUAGCUUUGAGUUUUAGAUGAAGAAAAUCAUAACUGUUUGGCUUAAUUGUCCUCAGUAUAAGGUUUGGUUUUUUUGCCUUCCCACCUUCUGUAU